AUGGCCAAGAAACGUUCGAGCCUGCCCGCGAGCGUACUCCGCUCCGGGCCUUCGAAGGCCGAAGGGUCCGCCCCCGCUGCCUCCGCCGCUUCGUCUGGGCUGACGGCCAGCACCACCGCCGUCCCAACGGCCUCCCGACGACCGCGGGCCAGUAUCUCGACUGCGGCGCACGCCUCGUGCCACCUGGUCGGGGUCUCGCCAACGGCGCGCCGCAGCUCCAGCAAGCUCAACACAUCCACUUCCUCCUCCACCUCCUCAUCAUUGAACACAUCCACAUCAUCUCUGAACACAUCCUCAUCUACCGAUACCGCCGGAUUGCCGCUAGAGAAAGAAAACGCGUCCACCUCGUCCCGCCUCAACAACGUCGGGGGAUCGUCGACCACCACGACCACGACCACCACGGCCGCCGCCAAGACCACGGCUGCCGUCACCAAGGCUCAGGCGACCGCACCCACGGCCCAGGCCAAGCCGUCGAUCAUGCGUCGCAGCCUGGCGGGCAUCAGCCGUCUCGCCACCGCCUCCUCGCGCCCUGCCGGGCGGGCCAGCGUAAGCUCGGCCUCAGCCGCGGACCCUGCCGCCAGCCAGCCGCCACGAUCCACCGCCAAGCCCUCGCGAUCCACCACUCGGCUCAGCCCGCGCUCGAGCCCGGCCGAGCCCAACACUUCGGCCACGUCGGCCGAGCUGAGCACCGACGACUCGUUUGUUGCAGACCAGUGCCAGCUGGGCGGUGUCACCGAGGCGGUGGAGGCAGAGGCAGAGUCGGAGGCGACGUUGAAGCAGAGGCUGGCGGAGCUGGAGCGGCGGGAGAAGGAAGUGGCCAAGGCCGAGCAGGACCUGGCGUGGAACAGGACCAACCACUACGUGAUCGCACGCGACCUCGAGGAGCAGCUGGUCACAUUUGAGCAUCAGGUGCUCGAGGUGAGGGAGAAGAGCGAGCGGCUCGAGGCCGAGCUGCGGCAGCUGGAGAGCGAGCGAAGGGAGGUGGAGGCGGAGCGCGUUCGGCUCGAGCGGGACCGGCUGCAGGUGGAGGCCGACCGACACUUCCUGCGUGUCCAGCGCGCCCACCUGUGCGACCGGUUCGAGGAGGUGCUGGCUCGAGUUGCCCGCGCAGCUGCGAUCUGA